UCAGGCCUAAGUUCCCACAUAAGCAUGCAAGCAAUGGAGAUGGAGAAGAAGGUGUUUGUUGUUGUUGCUCUAACGUUUGCUCUUCUUCUGGGUUUAGCCCAGAGCUUCGAUUUCCAAGAAAAGGAUUUGGAGACGGAAGACAGUCUCUGGAACCUGUACGAGAGGUGGAGGAGUCAUCACACGGUUUCUCGAGACCUCUCAGAGAAGCAAAAGCGUUUCAAUGUCUUCAAAGAGAACGUCAAGUACAUUCAUGAAUUCAACAAGGACCACCCCUACAAGUUGAAGCUCAACAAAUUUGCAGACAUGACCAACCAAGAGUUCAAGAGCACCUACGCAGGCUCCAAAGUGAAGCACCACACCAUGAUGCGAGGGCCUCGGUCCGGUGGCUUCAUGUACGAGAAGUUCAAAGACGCCCCUUCUUCCAUCGAUUGGAGGACUAAUGGUGCCGUCACCCCUGUCAAGAACCAAGGCCAAUGUGGAAGUUGCUGGGCUUUUUCAACUGUUGUUGCUAUUGAGGGCAUAAACCAAAUCAAAACCCAGAACCUGGUUCCCCUGUCUGAGCAGCAGCUGGUCGAUUGCGACAGAGGUGAUCAGAACCAAGGUUGUAAUGGAGGACUCAUGGAAUACGCAUUCGAGUAUAUCAAGAACAACGGAGGGAUCACUACAGAGGAUAUUUAUCCCUACACAGCUCAAAGUGGGACUUGUGAUGUAUCCAAGGAAAAUGCUCCUUUGGUGACAAUUGAUGGACAUGAGAACGUACCUUCUAGCGAUGAAAAUGCUCUGAUGCAAGCCGUCGCAAACCAACCCGUAUCAGUUGCCAUUGAAGCAAGCGGCAAUGCAUUCCAGUUCUAUUCAGAGGGGGUAUUCACUGGACCUUGCGGAACAGAGCUAGAUCAUGGGGUGGCGAUUGUUGGGUAUGGAACAACUGUUGAUGGGACUAAGUACUGGAUUGUGAGGAACUCAUGGGGAGCUGAAUGGGGAGAGCAAGGUUACAUUAGAAUGCAGCGUGACGUCUCAGCCAAAGAGGGACUGUGUGGUAUAGCCAUAGAAGCUUCUUAUCCCAUCAAAAACUCUUCUGAACAUGUUCUAAAGGACGAACUCUGAGAAGUGAGGAUUGAGUGUAUCAUCUCUC